AUGUCGCGCUCGGCGCCGGCGAGUAGGCGAACAGCCAAGACCGAGUACAUUGAAACCGACACGGGCAACAAGAUCUCCCGUCGAGCACAUAUCGAAGGCAAGCAGAAUAUCAUGCUUGGCGGCAAGACUGUCAUCAUGUCCGGUGUCCAUCUACGCGGCGAUCUCUGCCGAAAGCCGGAGCCGGCUGCUGAUGGGGAGAAGGAGAAGACGUCCGUCACGGCUAUCAGCAUUGGACGAUCAACCAUCAUCGCUACGAACAGUAUUAUACGCCCACCCAACCGCCUGCACAAAGGCCAAAUGACAUACAUCCCCAUGCGCAUCGGCGACAACGUCUUCAUCGGUCCAAACUGCCAUAUCUCUUCGGCGAGCAUCUCAAAUCAUGUCCAUGUCGGUGCCAACUCAGUGCUGUCCUCUCUCUGCAUCAUCAAAGAGGGCAGCAAAGUUCUCCCCGGAACCGUGGUGCCGCCGAACAUGACUAUCCCCGCCGGCAGGCGGUGGUGGGGAGGGUGA